AUGAACAAUCCACCGACCUAUAAACACUUCCUUAUUUCCGAACCCUUUGAUUUUGUCCGGCAUGUGCAGAUCAAUCGACCAGGCAAACUCAAUAGCUUUCAUCAACCCAUGUGGAUUGAGCUACGCCAGAUCUUUGAGCAGUUAUCACUGGAUCCCAAUGUGCGCACUAUUCUUCUAAGCGGUACGGGUGAAAGGGCUUUUACGACAGGUCUUGAUGUACAAGCGGCAGCUCAAAGCAGUGUCUUAGGGCAGAGCGAGACAAUAGACGGAGCGCGCCGAGCGCUGUUUAUUCGUCGGCAUAUUGCUGAAUUUCAGGACUGUAUUUCCACGUUGGAAAAGUGCGAGAAACCUGUCAUUUGCGUUAUGCACGGUUUCACGUACGGCCUAGGAAUGGAUAUCUGUACCUGUGCAGACAUUCGUAUCUGCAGCGCUGAUGUUAAAUUCGCCGUUAAAGAAGUCGAUAUUGGUUUAGCCGCAGACAUUGGGACCCUGACGCGGUUACCGAAGGUAGUGGGCAACUUUGGGUGGGUAAAAGACGUAUCACUAACAGCUCGAACAUUUGGCGCAGACGAAGCCUACCGAGUUGGCUUUGUGAGUCAUGUACGGGAGACCAAGGCACAGUGUAUCGAGAUGGCUUUAGAGCUCGCUGUUCUAUUAGCUUCUAAAAGUCCUGUCGCUGUACAAGGGACUAAAGAGCUACUAAACCAUGCAAGAGACCAUAGUGUUGCGGAUAGUCUACGCUAUACAGGACUAUGGAACUCGGCUGCACUACAAACAUCAGACGUAGAAAGGGCGCUAUUGUCGGGCAUGAAUAAGACGAGACCUACAUUCGAAAAAUUAUGA